AUGAAAAUCUGCCUACAAAUAAAAUUUUUAUUAUAUAUUUUUAUAAAUUAUGUUACCCGAAAUGUUCAAUCACGAAAUGUUCCUAACAAAAGUAUAAAUUUUGUAAGAAAAUUAAGUAAAGACACUAAAGGGGUGGAUAUAAAAAAGAGUUUUAUUAAUCAAUAUAAUAAUAUAAUUAAUGAAAAAUGUACAUAUAAAAAUAGUAAAGUAAUGAAAACUGAUAUAAUGAAAAUGAAUAAUGGUAGUCUUAAAUGCUUAAAAGGAAUUUAUUCAAAUAUAGAGAAUUAUAAUAAUGAUAGUGAAAAUGAGUAUGUGUAUAAAAAAGGGAAUGUACUAUGCAACGAAAAAAUGAAAUUGCUAAUAAAAAUAUUAAAUACAAAAAAAUGGUAUGAUUUAAAGCUUUUCUCUCCAGGCAAAAUUAAUUUAUUUUUAAGAUUAAAAGAGAAAAAAGAAAAAAUUAAUGAAUUAUCAACACUAAUGCAUGCUAUAAAUUUAGGAGAUGAUAUUUUUAUAAAAGCUUUAAAUAAAAAUGAACAAGAAAAAUUAUCAUCAAUAUUAUAUCCAUGUUUAUCAGGAGAUUUUUUAACAAUAGAAGAAGAACAAAGUAAAGAACAUGAUAUAAUAAAAGAAAAUAUAAAAGUGUGUGAAAAAAAUGAGGCACAUAAAUAUGAAUACAUGAAUUAUCCAUUAAAUGACAGUAAUAUAAUAAUAAAAGUUUUGAAAAAAUAUAGAAAAGAUUUAAAUAUAAAUGAUAAUAUAAGAUUUUUGAUUCACAUUAAAAAAAGAAUACCAAUUUUUAGUGGAAUUGGUGGUGGUUCAUCAAAUGGAGCUUCAGUUUUUUAUUAUUUAGAAAAGUAUUUUUAUAAAUAUUUAAAAACAAAUGAAUUAAAAAAUAACUUUUUAAAAGAAAUAGGAAGUGAUAUAAGUUUUUUUAGUAGCUCAGGAUUUGCUUAUUGCACAGGAAAAGGGAAUAAUAUAAUUGAUUUAGUAAAUUUUGAUGUUAUUAUAUCAGGAAAAAAAAUAUAUUUAUUUAAAAUUGAUGAAGGGCUAUCAUCAAAAUCUGUUUAUGAAAAUGUAGAUUAUAAAAAAAUAAUACAAUACAACCCAGUUAGAUUGUUAGAGAAAUUUAUUUGCAAUUUAAGAAGCAACUCAAACAAUAACGAUAAAAAUAAUAUAAUUGAAAUUGUGAAAAAAAGCGAAGAAUAUUAUAUGAAAAAAUUUGUUAACCAAAAUUUGGAUAUACAAAAUAUGUUUGUGAAUGAUUUAGAAAUUCCUGCUUUUUUUUUGCUUAAAAAAAUAAAAUAUUUAAAAGAUUUUUUAGCUAGCCAAAAUAUGUUUGAUGUUGUAACAAUGAGUGGAAGUGGGUCAUCAUUAUUUGCAAUUACAAAAAAUAAUGAGAAUUUAAAUCCAAAUAAAAUUAAAGAGUUAAUUAAACAAGCUGAGAAAAAUUUUAAUAUUAAUAUAAAAGUGUAUUCGUGUGAAGUUAUAAGAAAAUAUGAAAAUUCCUGGUAUAAUUCAGACAAAUUAGCUGAAGUUAUAGUGUAG